AUGGGACUUGAGAUGUUAAAUGAUGGAGAGCUGAAGGAGAAGCUUUACAAGCUAUUGGAAAACAAGUGCUAUCUAGUGGUCCUCCACGAUAUACGGAGCGCAGAGGCUUGGGUUGUUCUAAAACCGGCAUUUCCCAAAGGAAAGAUGGGAAGCAAAAUAAUGCUCACCACUAGGAUCAAAGAUUUGGCUCUUCAUGUAGAUUCAUUGGGCUUUCUUUACAAACCUGUGUGCUUGACAGAGGGACAGAGGGACAGAGGGACAGAGGAACAGAGUUGGGAAUUAUUCAGUAAGAAAACAUUUAUUUCCAAGAAUGUUUCUUCAAGUUCUUAUUCUUCAUUCCCUCAAGAUGUAGAGAAGAAGGAGAAGUUGGGAAGGGAGAUGAUUGUAGCAACCCUAAAAUGA